AGUAAAUGUUUUUCCAAGCAGGCUGUCUCUAUUUUACCAUCAUUGGGUUUGGGAUCUGAUCCUACAGCUGUCUUUUCUGACCGGAGCGCUGUUGGAAUAAUCUGACGAACAUUGCCACCACUCAGUUCUGCAGACUACCUAUAAAGCCAUCGACUGCUUGUUACUUCUAGCAUCAGGAUGUUCUUUACAUGUGGUCCCAAUGAGGCUAUGGUGGUGUCAGGGUUCUGCCGCUCUCCGCCUGACAUGAUCUCUGGUGGGCGAGUGUUUGUGAUCCCCUGUGUACAGCAGAUACAGAGGAUCUCCCUGAACACUCUGACUUUGAAUGUGAAAAGUGACAAAGUGUACACACGCCAUGGAGUGCCCAUCUCUGUUACAGGCAUUGCACAGGUCAAGAUUCAGGGCCAGAAUAAGCAGAUGCUGGCUGCAGCCUGUCAGAUGUUCCUGGGGAAGUCAGAGGGGGAGAUCUCCAAUAUCGCCCUGGAGACACUGGAGGGACACCAGCGCGCCAUCAUUGCUCAUCUGACAGUGGAGGAAAUCUACAAGGACCGUAAGAAGUUCUCGGAGGAGGUGUUCAAGGUGGCCUCCUCUGACCUGGUCAACAUGGGCAUCAGUGUGGUCAGCUACACACUCAAAGAUGUGCACGAUGACCAGGAAUACCUGCACUCUCUUGGCAAAGCUCGUACUGCGCAGGUCCAGAAAGAUGCUCGUAUUGGUGAGGCCCUGUACAAACGGGAUGCUGUAAUCAGAGAAGCCCAUGCCAUGCAGGAAAAAGUCUCUGCACAGUAUGUGAAUGAAAUCCAGAUGGCCAAAGCCCAGAGGGACUACGAGCUGAAGAAGGCUGCCUAUGAUAUUGAGGUCAACACCAAGAAGGCGGAGUCUGAGAUGGCCUACCAGCUGCAGGUGGCCAAGACCAAGCAGUGCAUCGAGGAGGAGAAGAUGCAGGUGCAGGUGGUGGAGCGCACGCAGCAGAUCGUGCUGCAGGAGCAGGAGAUCCUGCGGCGCGAGAUGGAGCUGGAGGCCAAGGUGAAGAGGCCCGCUGAUGCCGAGCGCUACCGGCUGGAGAGGCUGGCAGAGGCAAACCGUCUGCAGCUCAUCAUGGAGGCAGAAGCUGACGCUGAAGCCAUCAAGGUGAGGGGGGAAGCCGAGGCCUUUGCCGUGGAGGCUAAGGGUCGCGCCGAGGCUCAACAGAUGGCCAAGAAGGCAGAGGCCUUCAAUGAGUACAAGGAGGGAGCCAUGGUGGACAUGCUGCUUGAGAAGAUACCACUGAUGGCCGAGGAGAUCAGCAGGCCCCUGGCAGAGGCUCAGAAGAUUACCAUGGUGUCCAGCGGUGGCGCGGAGAUCGGCGCGGCCAAGCUGACUGGUGAAGUGCUGGAUAUCAUGACCAGGCUGCCCGAGACCAUCGAGAAACUCACUGGAGUCAGCAUCUCCCAGGUGGCUCGCACCGGUUGAAGAGGCCGACCCAACAGGCUCCACCAGUCUGCUGCCUCUGCAUGUAUUGAAGUCACGGCCUUACAGUUCUCCGUUUUUCCCUGUCCUGUCUCUCAUCUUUCUUGUCUCAUUUACUUCUAUGUCUCUUUUAUUCCUUAUCUGUGAAUUUCAAUCUAUUCUCUUCCCUUUGCCUGCACAUUCCUACAUUUCUUUUGUCUUUGACUUUGCACAGUAAGGCUGUUUCUGGGGACAUUUGAUAAGCUUUGCUACUAUUGAUCAACUAACUGAGGUGAUUGUCUGCACCUGUAGUAGAUUUUUAACUGUAUGCCUGGAACUUGACCAGAUUAUUUGAGUUCUCUUCUGUCACAAUGGUAUUACUGAGCAUUUUCAGUGCAGUUGACACGUGCAUUUAGCCAUGAGUUUUGAGCAAGCACACGUGUUGUGGUGACAUGCUCAUUUUUGUAACCAUGGUAACGGCAUGGUACAUGCAAUGGUCAUAAAUGAAAUUGAUAAUAAGUAUAAUGCAAUGUCACUCUGUACAUACAGAUAACAGAAGUAUAAUACAUUAAUGAAGCUGCAGAAAGUUAGAUUAAAAAGAGUCACGCACUAUACACUAACACUUUAUGAAUCAGUUUGCCAUUAAUGUUUAUUCAGUUAUAUUUGCGGUCAUCUGUUGAAUAGUUCUUUCACCAACCCGUAUGGAUGUAGUAUGGAUGACGGUUUUAAUCGAGUGGUUCUUAUCCCCAGAAACAGUCUCCUUGCUCAGUUGCUUGACCUUUGACCAUUCCUUGUGUCGUAGUGGUGUCAAAUAUGUGUGUCCAGUCCUUCUGAGACGCUGGCACUGCGGUGAAAUGUGUACCUUGUGACCAAAUAUAUAUUAUAAUAUUAUACAUGAUAUAUUAUAAUAUAUGUCUGGAAACAACCGUUUGGGAGCUAAGCCUCAAUGUGGGCUGAUAUAAUUAGUGAGUGUGUGUGCUACGUUUGACAUUUCAGGAUUAGUUGAACGAAUGAUGCUACCAUUAAAUGUGGAUGCAUUUUAAAUCAGUCUGGUUUCAUACCAAAAUGUUUUGUUGUUCCCAAAUGUUUACUCACAACAAGUGUGACAGUCACAUCUGGCUUCACAACACUAUGUCAAAUUCAAAAUGCUGUUACUUUUGUUCAGUUACUGACUCUAUGAGGGUUACGUGGUGUCAGGGAGUAUAACUGUAGCUUUCCUGACUGAAAGUAACACCACGUGCCAGCAGCCUCAAGGACCUGUAGCCCUGCCCCCCUCCCCCUCCCAUAACUGCCUCUAUGUCCAUUGCCUUGCUGCCAAACCAGAAGUGCAUCUUAUAAGACAGUGUUGUGUAAUCUUGCAGUCCAAUCUUCCAUGUGGUACUCUACUCUGUUUUACGGGAGAAUAAUAGCUAAUGGACACAGUUCACAUUUACUGUCACUUGACCAAAUCCAAAGCUGAGGUUGUAUGCGAUUGAUCAUUUCCAACCGUUUAGGUAAACUUGAAGCAGGUAGAAAUUCAAUUUCAGGGAGUCCAGAUAUUUAAAAAGUGACAUUUUCAACCAGUCUACCAUUGUUGGGUCAGUGUAGAUGUAUUACUUUCAAUAGGCCAGUAUUUAUUAUUUUUGAUGACAUGAUUAUAUUUUAUGCAUUCUAAUUAUCAUUCAGCGAGUCAUCAUUGUCAGGCCAUAAAGGUAGCAGACAACUAAAUGUUAUUUUUCACCAGACUAGCAUUAGGCUAAUGUUCAGUUACCCAUUGGCCAGUUGUUUCACAUGAUCUGAAAUGACUUUGCCAAAAAAUCUUUAAAUACUAAAGGAUGAUACAUUUUUGAAUACAAGUUGGAAAAGAGGGCAAGAUAAUUAAUAUAUAAUAGGGGGAAAAUGUUUCUCUUUCAAACUGUUGAAUAUUGAGGAAGCAAAGCAAAUGUAACCAUGUAUUCAUAUUUUUAUUUACACAUGUACUGUGUCAUUAUUGUCACAACUUUUUACCAUCGGCAUUGAAGUUUAGUGUUAAGAAAACAGAAAGGGUACCAUCCUGUGCGCUGAACUAGCUGGCUUCACUCUUUAGCUGGUCCAAAAGUCAGGCUCUUCAUACCAAACCUUUGCCAUACCAUCUGCUCUCGGAAACCAGUGCUGUGUGGUCAUCCUGUUUCCAUGCCGACUACUUACGUUCCGGACUGGACUUAUUGAACGGAUCAUGAGUGAAACCAGAUUCUGAAAGUCUUGUGUGCAUACUUCAUGGGCGCAGCUAUUGAAACAUUCAUCCUUUUAUCCUCUUCUAUGUUAGUCAUUUUAAAUGUUGACGAUCUUUAACGCCUCCUUCAGGGGACAGAAUCACUGAAGCUGGAAAGUCACGAUUGAAACUGUAUAUCUAUUAGAACCACGUUUUAUUUGUAAUAUGUGAUAAUGUAUUAAGGUAUGCAGAUACUGUUGACCUCAUCGCUCCAAUCAACACUACAGUUUAUUUGUGGGCUUUAAAGUACCUCACGACAUGAAACGUCAGAUGCAGAGUUUAGUGUGAAUGAUUAUUCUUUUAUGUUUAUCAUAAUUACUGUAAAUCGUUUAAAUAUUACAUAUACAUUACAGAUAUUGUGCUCUAAUGCAUUAAGCUUCUCUGAACAUAUUAAUCACUUUUAUUUAAAAAAUGGCCACGAUUGAAUUACCUACUAAGAGGAAAAUCUGUUGGUAGAAAUCCAGGGAGUGUCGGUCUUGCACUUAAUGACCAAUCAUAUUAAAUGGGAGUGUCUUCUCUGUCUUGACCACGUGUGUUGUAUUACUUAACUAUCUAUCUGACACUGUUCAUCUGUUAGAGGUUUUGAAAGUAGGAGUUCAGCUUAUCAUGUAGGUUUCCAAUCUGUUGUUAGUGCACUGAGAUAUCAAUGAGUACUUUGUAUUUUGUAGAAAAGAACAUAUUCUCUUCAACUGCAUAAAAUGAUUAUUGAACCACUGCA